UUGUAAUCCAAAGAGUGGAAAAGAAAUACUCCUACAGUUGAAAAAAAAACUGACUUGAAAAGUGGAGUAUUGUACAUGUAUUAUGCCAGUACUAUUCAUCUGUAAUACCCGUCAGAGAUGAAGGAAAAGUCCAAGAAUGCUGCCAAGACCAGACGAGAAAAGGAAAAUGGAGAAUUUUAUGAACUGGCUAAGUUAUUACCAUUGCCUUCAGCCAUCACUUCACAGCUGGAUAAAGCCUCCAUCAUCAGGCUGACCACCAGUUAUCUCAAAAUGAGAGCUGUGUUUCCUGAAGGUUUAGGAGAUGCCUGGGGACACCCAACCCGAAUUAGUCCUUUGGACAACAUGGCAAAAGAAUUAGGAUCCCAUUUGCUUCAAACUUUGGAUGGAUUUGUAUUCGUUGUAGCAUCUGAUGGCAAAAUCAUGUACAUCUCAGAAACUGCCUCUGUCCAUUUAGGGCUGUCUCAGGUGGAAUUAACAGGAAACAGUAUUUAUGAGUAUAUUCACCCUUCAGAUCAUGAUGAGAUGACUUCAGUUUUGACAGCUCAUCAGCCAUUACAUCAUCAUCUGCUUCAAGAAUAUGAGAUGGAACGAUCAUUCUUUCUCAGAAUGAAAUGUGUCUUAGCAAAGAGAAAUGCUGGAUUAACAUGUGGAGGAUACAAGGUGAUUCACUGCAGUGGCUAUCUGAAGAUACGCCAGUUCAUGAUGGACAUGUCACUCUAUGACUCCUGCUACCAGAUUGUAGGGCUAGUGGCUGUAGGGCACUCUUUGCCUCCUAGUGCCAUCACAGAGAUCAAACUCCACAGCAACAUGUUCAUGUUUCGUGCAAGCCUGGAUCUGAAGCUCAUUUUCCUAGACUCAAAGGUGGCAGAACUAACAGGUUAUGAACCUCAGGACCUGAUUGAGAAGACUUUGUAUCAUCAUGUUCAUGGAUGCGAUGUGUUUCAUCUGCGGUACGCUCAUCAUUUAUUGCUGGUAAAAGGGCAAGUGACCACAAAAUACUACAGGCUUCUCACAAAGCAUGGAGGCUGGGUGUGGAUCCAGAGCUACGCAACCAUUGUGCACAACAGUCGGUCAUCCAGACCUCACUGUAUAGUGAGUGUCAAUUAUGUGUUAACGGAUAUUGAAUACAAGGAACUCCAGUUAUCCUUGGAUCAAUCUACAAUAUCAAAGCCUUCAUUUACAUACCGUACCUCCUUGUCUACCUCACAGGACACUCGAAAGCAGAUGAAGUCUAAAACCAUAAAACUGAAACCAAAAUUUAAAACAUCUCCUUACCCUCAGACAUUCACCUCUUUUCAAGGUGAAAAAUUGGAAUGUAACCAGACUGGCAUCUGGAAGGAAAGCCCACCCUAUGUAAGCUCACCACCCCUUGAACAAGGGUCCCAGUUAGACAGCAAUGACUUGGUGUGCACAUCACCUUAUGGACUUGCAUUCUCUUACCCAUAUGGACACCUUCCUGUAGAGUCUCAGCUGCUAAGUGGAAAGAAACCCAUCUUGCCUUCCAAACUGAGACAAACUCAAGGGUCACCUUGUGAGAUGGCUCGGCACCUCUUGAGCUCCAUACAAAACAGGGGAGAAGGCCAUUGGAACUAUGGCAGCUCUAGUGUACUUCGCACAGCCUGCAAGACAAUGCACAGCCAGACGAUUAGUGUGUCACAUCAAAAUUCAGCAGGAAUGUAUCAAGGGCCCGUGCCAAACAGAAGGUACAGUGCUGAAGCCCUACCUGAAGGCUUUUCCAGCUGCUCAACCUCCAGACCUAACAGCGGGUUCAAGGAAGAACCUUACGAACAUAACACGGUUGGGCAGAACAAAAUAGAAGCCAGUCUGCACACUCCUCAGCAGGUUGCUAAAGAAGAAAGUAAAAUGGCAUUCAUCCGUGACACUGAGGACACCCUGGGAGGCAAUGAAAAGCCCUUCUCUGUGACGCUCAGUGGCUCUAUGCUUGUGAAGUCAAACUGUGACCACCCAAAGCAGGUAAACCAGCACAUAGCCGUGCCGGCAGUGUUUGAACACACAAGGAGGAUCUACAUUAAAGAGCCUCCAUAUGGCCCGCCAGGUGAUCACAGUUGUUUAGAGCAAAUGGAUAACGGCAGGGAAACACCAAAGCUAACUGAGCAUGACAAUGGAGGAGAACAGAAGAUGUUUGUGGGAAUGGGGCUGGCUGGACAAGCGCCUUAUGUGUCGGUAAACUUUCAUCAUGUCAUCGCCAAGCACAGCUCCUUCCAAAGACCUCCUUAUGCACUUGCAGGCCACUUAACAGAAGGCUACACCUAUAGGUCUGAAGAGAUGAACCCAUAUAUUUAUAAAAGCCAAAGUCCAGCUUCAAACUCUUCACCGGAGAGCCACAGAGAAGCAGGAGUGCCACACUACAUAGGGACAUCUGUGAUUAUAACUAAUGAAAGGUGACAAACUGCAGGUCACAGGAUCCAAGCAAGAAAUUGCCCCAAAGAAAACAAUAUAAAAUAUGGAGACUCUGUACAGACAGGAUGGGACAGGUGUAGUCCCAAAUUGGACCCAAGCAGAUACCAACAGCACUCCUUUGGAGCUCAAUGUGCUCAGUCUCAGUUCUUGAGGGUCACAGGGGUUUCACAUUCUCACUGCAGUCAGUUUCUUACUCAGAGAUGAGGUCUGUGUCUAAUUAAGUGCUGACAUGCACUUGGCAUUUCCACACCAAGUCAGAGAAUACAAAAUGACAAUCUGAGGCCUGUGUGGGAAGUUUAGUCCACCCAGCUCUGUUACAGGCCCUUAAUCGUAAAUUGUCUUUGUAAAGGAAAUGGAAGUACACAUCGAGACUCUGACAGGGGAAGGGUCCAUUCCUUGUCACACAUCGGGCCAAUGUUUGAAAGUUCAGGCUGGUUCUGUGUGUGCAGAAACAGAAGAGCAAAUGGUCUGAUUAAGAUCAACAGCAAUGAAAACUAUUGAGCCCCCCAAUCCCAGAGCAGACGUUGAGUCACCCAGCCUUAUCUGUCCCCAAAACAUGCUACAAGGCACACAUUUUAAACUGAGCAGACUAAGCUAUACAUUAUUUUUUAGCACACCACUAAAUAAUUUAUAUAAUGAUAAUCAGAUAGAACCCUAGACUGUGUUGGUGUGCCCCACCUUAAAGAGACAACUCAAUCACACCUUCAGCAAUCUUCCUUAGUAACAAAACGUCCAAAAUCACACCAGUCAGGCCAUAUUCUCCCUUUAAACAGUGACAGAAAUAGUUUUACUUUAAAAAAAACAUUUCAGUAUUAAAUGAUUUUUUUUUCUUAUAUCUUAUUUGACAGUUUUUUUUUUACAAAAAUGAUAUACAAGACUCUUUGUCUUCCAUCCUCCUUUUGCAUCCCACUCAUUCCAACUUCUGGGAAGCUGAAGCCUCUUUCAGGAGAAAUGGGACACCAUGGAUGAGAUGUCAGGCCAUUGCAGGGCACACCCAACUUGAGCCACAUUAGAGAUGCCAGUUAAUCUAACCUGUCCGGCCCAAAACUCAUUGCCUUGGAGUCAGAAAGUAGUGGCAAACUCAGUUGAGCUACUGUAUAUGGGGACUCCUCUUUCUCAAUGGAGCAAGUGGGCUUCUAACUGCAGCUGUGAGGUUGUUAUAUUUGCAGGCUUGCUUUCUCUUUUCAGCUUUGCUGCCAUUCGUUGUACAGUAAUCUCUCGCUAUAUCGCGCUUCGA